AUGGAUACACAGAUAACGGUAUAAUUAGAUUUAAUCAACUGUAACGAAUUAAACGUAUGUUUGUUUAACUCAGGUACAAACAAAGAGAGGUGGUGUAGUGAGAUUUUUUAUAAACACGAUAGCGAGAUUCCAUGUAAAUAACAUCUGAUUUGUUCAGUUCAGUUAUUUCAAACAUGAACGUGUUUAUACAUCUUACUUUAGUCUUUAUGUCGCUGUUUGCACAUGGACUCCAGCAGGAAGAACCGGGAACAGAAUGUUCAAGAUUCGCGUAUGAAUAUCAAAUAAUAGAGAAACUGGUUAACCUUCAAAAUGAAAAUGCAAGACUCUCGGAAAGGAUAUUGACACUUGAAAAACAUGGGGAAAGGCAAUCGAGCGUUUCAGCCCAUGUAAGACUAUCUAAGACAACACCCCUUAGUGGCACUGAAAGAGUCAUGUACGAUUUGGAAAUAUCAAAUAUUGGUGGAGCAUACGAUUUCCAAAAUGGACAAUUUACCGCUCCUGUUUCCGGUGUCUACAUGUUUCGUGUGACCUUGUGUCUGUUCGCGAAUAAACAAUGGAUGGAUCUUAACAUUGUUAAGAAUGAUCACGUGAUUGGCAGGGUGUUUUCUGUGGACAACCAGUACCAUACCUGUGGUUCGGAAGCUUUGAGCAUUCAUUUGGACGUAGGUGAUAAGAUAUGGGUACAACGAGCAGCCGGGACGUCUACAAGUUUAAACCAAGAUCAUGGAUGGAAUUCGUUUACAGCUAUUCUCAUAAAUGCUGACUAAGAAUUGUCUUAAAACCGAUGUGUAUAAGUUCCAUAUACAAUAAUGUGAAAAUUGUGACUCAACUGUUUAGAUUGAACUAAUCAAAGUGAUUGACAUGGUAUCUAUUGCCAUUAUGAUAUAAUUAUAUAAUAUCUUUUGUAUAAACAGGGGGAAGCUUUGGGGUACAGGGAACUUUUUCAAACAAGAUCAUACAAAAGAUUAUACAACAUAUUUUAUUUAUAUCUUUGAAAUUUAAUCUGUACAGUUGAAAAAUUAUAAGUGCACUGCUGGAAUUUUCGUUUUAUAUUCUCCUAGCCUACAAGAAAAUCAGUAAAUCUUAAUAAAAGUAAUUUGCAGAUCUUCCUUGGCAUUAUAUGCAACAUCUGUCAUUCGGAAGCGUUUAGCAGCAAUUUGUAUAAAGGGUAGGACUGCUGCUUUAGAAGACGUUCAAGGUGUCCUAAAGAAAUACUUUGCACUUGAUAUAAAGGAAAUCAUUGUCAUUGUUUACUAUAUAUUAAGCCAAAGAGCAUAUUGUUUGAGUUUCCUUUUACAAAAUAAAUUUAAUUAACUAAGAUUAAAUACAUAUGUAAAU